AUGACAAUUGCUAGCAAACUAAAUAUCUAUCUCUCAAAUUUAUUGGUAUUCUUAACUCAUUUGUUGACUGCUGUGGAGAAAGAAAAUCAAGAAUUGAAAAAUCAAUUGACCGAGGAAAUUCUUGAACAUCAUGCACACUUGAAUAAUGUUGAGAGUACUCAUUUGAAAUCGAACAAAGAAGAGCUUCUCGAUGAAAUUAAAGCAGCUCAUCACACUGAAAAGGAUGAACGAUCCAUUUUGAAUACGAUUCAAGAUUCCGUUCUCGAGUUUCUCAAUAGCCACAAGAAUCUGCAUGCCAAUGACUGUGAUAAAGACAGCGAUGACCAGAAGCAUCAGAGUGUUGAAACACCGACGAAAAACCCAUUGGAGCAGUUCCUCUCUGAGGUGAAAUCUCGACCACCACCACUACCAUUUUGGCCUAAACCACUACCCGUCGACAAUACUCUCUCAGAGCCAGUGAAACCGCGACCCAAUCCAACAUUCUCUAUCCCACCGUUUUGGAAUAUUGCUCAACCUCGUGCUAUUCCACCACAGAUCUCGCUGGACCUUCCAACAUCGCCACCCUUUGUCAGCAUUCCAAAACCUCAGCCUCAACAACCUCAUUCCAUUCCAUCAGUUUGGGAUAUAAACAAUCCAAAUAUUCCUCGCUACUCUCCACCACCACCAUUUUGGAAUAUUCUGAAUCCUCUGGAUCUCAUUUUGAAUUCGCCACCACAGAAUCCAAGCGCUAAUCUACCGGUGAUUCCAAAACCCACUGCUCCUGUUGCUUCUGAAGAACCCUGUGAAAAACCAAAAACCUCUCCAGUGGAACAACAACCACAACACCCACCACCUCCACUUCCAAGACCUCCCUACUUACCUCCACCGUUCUGGAACACUCCAAGACCAGUCCCCCCACAACAAGCAUCACCAAAGUCCAGUCUGGAAUUCCUCUUCCCCGGUCUUCAAAAUGCGAUGAGCCAAGCCGACAAUCAAAACCCAUCGUUUAUCAAUCCAUACAAAGCAUGGUUCGCUCAGGCCCCAGUACAUAUCACCGUCAAACCAAUUACAUUCCAAGGAAUACCACCAUAUUUAGGAAGUCUCAAAUCUGAGGUCAUACAACAAGAAGAACUACCAAAAGUUGACAGCUUCUUGGCAUUGGUUCUCGGUGUCGGCAAAAACAAGAACCCAGAACCAGUCGAUUACCUUUUAUCGUUCAUUCAGUGUCUUCAGCAACCAAUCAAUCCAAAUGACAUCUAUAAUGUACUGAAUACCUAUCUAGACACAUUACCAACUUCAAAUCAUACUUCAGCAGAGCCAACUGGACCAGAAAGCUACAUUGAUUUGAUUUUACAGGGUAUGAUAACAGGAGAAGCACCAAAACAAGUGAUUUUCAAGAUUAUCAAUGCCUAUUUGGUAAAGAUGGCUGCGCCUCUAAAAGAUAAUCCAGUGUACAAGUUCUUUGUUGAAUUCUAUAAUUUCCUACAAAGUAUUCCAACAAUUCCAUUGCCACCUCCACUUCCAAAAGGUUUUGAUCCUGAUUGGUUGGUACCAACACCGAUUCCAGAAUAUCUUAAACCUCCAACAACUCCAGGACCAACUCCCUCGCCAACUCCAUCACCAACUCCAUCGCCAACUCCAUCACCAACUCCAUUGCCAACUAAACAACCGCCUACUCCAACACCUACACAAACUCAAAAACCAAACACUGACCCAUCGAAAAUACCGCCAUUCAUUCCAGCUUUGAUUAUUUCACAAUUUCUUAGACCACGUCCUCCAAAACCAAACAUUCCACCAUUCAUUCCGGGCUUGAUUCCACCACCCUACCAUCCAAUACCACCAUUCGUUCCAGGUAUUAUUCCUCCUAAAAACCACGGAAUACCAUCAUCAUUGAUUCCAGGUUUGAUUAUUUCACAAUUUCUUAAAUCACAUGGCGGCCAGAGUCCACCACCUCCAAAACCUAGUCCAAAACCAAUUAUUGAUCCAUCAGACAUUCCUUCAUUCAUUCCAAGAUUAAAUAUUCCAGAUGAUCUUAAACCUCAUGAGACCUCACCAAUUAAACCACCAACACCAACACCAAUACGACCAACCGACAAACCAUCCAUUCUUCCAGGUGAAUUACCACACUACACACUACCACCAUACGUUGGUCCAACCGACAAACCAUCCAUUCUUCCGGGUGUAUUGCCACAUGAAAACACACUACCACCAAUCACUCCAGGUACAAUCCCUCCAACUAAUAACAGAAUACCACCAUUCACUCCAGGCAUAAUACCUCCAACUAACAACAGAAUACCACCGUUCAUUCCAGGUUUGAUUCCACCAACUAACAACAACAGAAUACCACCAUUCAUUCCAGGCAUAAUACCUCCAACAAACUACAGAAUACCACCGUUCAUUCCAGGCCAAACUCCAGCUGAAAGACCUCAUAGUCAAAUACCUUUGUCACAGUUAGCAAAUGAAAUCGCUAGUCAAAUCGGACGAUUACCACACAACCAAAUACCUCUUUCUCAAUUGGCCAAUGACAUUGGUAGUCAUAUCAAUAUAGAUGGCAUAGAUAUUAUUGAAGAUAAAGUGGAUGACGUAAGAAAUAUAUUGGUGAGCUGGAUUGACCAUGAACUACGUCAAGAAACAAGUCAGUCAACAACAACCAGUGCUUCUCAUUCAACAACUACCACAGCAGCAUCAUCUUCUACUACCACUUCGUCUACCUCUUCAUCCACCACCACCGGAUCUGCAACCACUACAACAGGUUCUACAACAAUGACAACACCGUGUCCUGAAACUCUACCCCCAAUAACAAAACCACCUGAGGUCUUCACAACAAUGACAAUGGGUCCAACUAUUCAACCACUACCACUACAAACAUCUGCCCAUGCGGGUCAUGUGCAAAAAAUAAUAGAUUGUUGA